GGCGCGUGUCGACUGCUCCGAUUCUAGCGUGUUCAACUGACUUGUUCUGCUGCGCUCACGCCACACGACGACGUUACAAUCGCGCAAAAGUCAGUGUACGCUCUGUGGUGGUGUAAAAAUGGCGAACAUGAUGAGGUGCAGCCUCAGAAUCCUGUUGAGGAAACAGGCCCAGCCUCUGGGAUAUCGAGUCAGGCUGACGGAGCUUUAUCAACGAACAUGCUUUCACACCAGCUGUCUGCUCGACGUGGCAGGAAAAGAGUUAAAUAUGCCUGCUCUUUCCCCUACCAUGGAAAAUGGUACUAUAGUAAAGUGGCUAAAAAAGGAAGGUGAUUCCAUCAGUGCAGGAGAUGUAAUUGCUGAUAUACAAACAGAUAAGGCUGUGAUGUCCUUAGAAGUUGACGACGAUGCUGUUCUUGCAAAAAUUUUAGCCAAAGAGGGAACUGUUGCAAAAGUUGGUGAUCUCAUAGCUCUUACAGUUGAACAGGGUGAAGAUUGGAAGUCUGUCGAGAGUCCUGCCGGAGCUGGAGCAUCGUCAGCUGGUGCUUCAACACCUGCACCUUCAAGUUCUGCACCUUCAAGUGCUCCAAAUGCAGAGCCUCCAGCUGGACAAACAAACGUUAAAAUGCCUUCAUUAUCUCCAACAAUGUCUUCUGGUACUAUUGUUAAAUGGUUGAAAAAAGAAGGUGAUAACAUUGAACCAGGUGAUGCUGUGGCAGAAAUUCAAACAGAUAAAGCUGUUGUAACUUUUGAAAUUGAUGAAGAAGUUAAACUAGCUAAAAUUCUGGCACCUGAAGGAGCGGAAGCUGAAGUGGGUGAUCUCAUUGCAAUUGUUACUGAGAGAGAUUUUGAUUUAUCCAGUUUAGUAGUUCCAACAAAUCUAAAAGGUGGAGAUUCUAGUGCAUCUGCUUCUGCACCAACUCCAGCUGCAACAUCAGCUCCGUCUUCAACAGCAUCAAGAGCUGUUGAUCAAACACCACCAAGUGGACAAGUAUAUGGUUUAGCAGUGAAAAGGUUGCUGGAGGAGUAUGGUCUCAGUUCUGGAUCUGUUAAAGGUAGUGGGCGACCAAAUCGAUUGCUCAAGGAAGAUGUUUUGGCACACAUCGCGUCAAACAAUCUUCAAAAAGUUCCUCCUAAAACUGUAUCUUCACCAACGGGAGGUGUAUCGCAAUCAGCGGCACCAUCCGGACCUGCAUCGAAGUCAUCGGCAACGUGGUCGGGUGGUCCAUCGACCUUCGUCGACGGUCCGGUAUCCAACAUUCGUGCCGUAAUCGCUAAACGACUUGGAGAAUCCAAGAGUCAAAUUCCUCACUCGUACGCGAGCAUCGAAAUCAACAUCGAUAAACUCAACGAACUCCGAUCUAAAUUGCGAACGGAGGACAUCAAAGUAUCGGUGAACGACUUCAUCACCAAAGCAGUGGCACAUGCGCUUCUAGAGUGUCCCGAAGUUAAUUCAUUGUACCAAAAUGGAAAGCUUGUACCCCAAAACAAAGUUGACAUAUCGAUAGCAGUAUCGACGCCAACUGGCCUCAUCACACCAAUCGUGUUCAAUGCCGCAUCCAAAGGUUUGUCCGAUAUCGCAAACGAUAUCAGAACGUUGGCCGGCAAAGCAAGAGAUGGAAAACUUCAACCACAAGAGUUCCAAGGAGGAACCUUCACGAUAUCAAAUCUUGGUAUGUUCGGUAUCAAAGAUUUUAGUGCCAUAAUCAAUCCCCCUCAAAUCGGCAUCCUUGCCGUAGGAACGGGCCGCGAAGUUCUCGAUUCGUCGCUGCAAACGAAAACGAUGAUGACCGUGACGCUGUCCUACGACAGACGAGCGAUAGACGACGAUCAAGCCGCUGACUUCCUCGCCGUGCUGCAAGCCAUGCUGCAGGAUCCAUCCUUUUUAGCUCACGGGAAAAAGCGAUAUAGGCGCAUGCUAUACUAAAUCUUUAGCGUGGCUCCUUCGACACGGCAUGAAUUUUUUUCAUGUUAAUAAUGUUUUGCCCAAACAAAAGAAAAAACAGGUAUUGACAGAAAAAAAUCACGACUGCCUCGCAAUCGAAUCACUGUACAAAUAACCCUAACAGAAAAGCUUGUAUAGAUAUGCACAUGAUGGUCGAAGCUCUGCAUUGUGAAUUUGGAGCUUGUGUUACCGUACCUACUCUUAGCAAAUAUGUUAUCUAGUUUAUCUAAUGUCAAUUUCAUCGUGUGUCCGAUUCAAUGAGUUGAUCUCUCUUUUCACCUCAGCGCUCGUCAGAAUUUUCACGCUAGUUUAAUCAUCAAAAUAUCAGUUCAAGAAAAGAAAUCGAGUUCGACUUGCAUUGAUCGGUACAGGGUUUUUAUUGGCGUUGCUGCAAGAACUAAAAGUUGUAUAUUAAAUGCGACUGCUUUUUUACGAACACGCGAAUGUCAUUUCAACUGAUUAAUGGAAAAAAACAAACGUCAAUGUGAAACGACUUUGGUAUUGUUAUUUUAUCUUUGAUUCAUGCGUAAAAAAUAAUUCAAAUUUAUUUUUGAACUAAUUAUCACAACCUGAUUGAUCUUAUUAGUUGCAAUUUUUUAAGUUACCGUUCACUUUAACAAUAAAGAGACGAUCGUGUUAGUCUGUGAUUUGUUAACAGUGAAAUUAUAUGAAAUUGUUAGUUUAAUCAAAUAUAUAAUUAGAUUGAUUAUAUACAUACAUUUAUUUAUGUGAAUGAUGCAAAUAGGAGAGGACAAUGUGAAAUAACUGUGGUUUAAAAUUUUCAGCUCUUGUAUUGUUGAGAAUAUGUCCAGUGUGUAAAUAAUAAAUUUAUCCUUCACAGUUACA